AUGGGGCAGUUUAGAGACUGGUUGCGCGAACCCUUCGGAAAAAAAGAUAUGGGUCACAGUCGCGUUCUUUUCGUGAAUGAUCCCGAGGGAAACGACGAGUUCGGGUUUAGCAGCAACCGCAUCCACACCACCAAGUACAAAUGGUACUCCUUCCUUUUCCGCGGCCUCUUCGAGCAAUUCCGCCGCGUCGCCAACUUGUACUUUCUCUUCCACGCGUGCGUCUCGCUCACGCCGCUCUCACCCGUCAGCCCCAUCGCGACCGUCCCGCCGCUCGUGUUCGUCGUCGGGCUCGCCAUGGCGAAGGAGCUAUGGGAGGAUAUAAAGCGCGGGCGCUCCGAUUACGAGACGAAUAAGCGGAAAGCGACGGUGAUACGGCCGGACGGCACGGAGGCGACGCGGCGAUGGCGCGAUCUGCGCGUGGGGGAGCUGAUCCGCGUGCCGCACGACGCCUUCCUCCCCGCCGACAUUAUUUGCGUCGCGACGAGCGGCGACGGCGGCGCGUGCUACGUGGAAACGAUGAAUCUGGACGGCGAGACGAACCUGAAGAUGCGCAGUGCGGUCUUCGAGACGCACGCGAUGAGCGCGGCGGAACUCGCGCGGUUGCGCGGGCGCAUCGAGUGCGAGCAUCCGAACGCGUCCAUCUACACGUUCGCGGGAAAAAUGCUGCUUAGAACGAGUACCGAGGGUGCUCUUAGCGGGCACACUGAUUUUAGCGCGAGCAUCGAAACUCCGGAAGGCACGGAAUUUGGUGGCGCGGCGCCGAUCUUCAUCACUCCAGCGAACAUUCUCCUGCGCGGCUCGCGGCUUCGUAACACCAAGUGGGCGGUGGGGAUUGUCGUUUACACCGGCCGCGAGACCAAGAUCAUGAUGAACUCCACCGACCCGCCGUCCAAACGAAGCUUCGUGGAAAAGCGGCUCGAUUUCGUGAUCAUGUUCGAGCUGGUGGUGCUGGUGGGCCUCGCGACGUUCUCCUCCGUGAUGUACGGCGUGUAUCUCGGCAAGUACAUGCCGCAGCAAUGGUACCUGCGCCCCGAGGAUUACACCGGCGUGAAGGGCGUGGCCAAGGCGAUGUACAACUGGCAGCAGCCCGCUUUGGCGGGAUUCAUGCAGUUUUUCACGGCGCUCGUGCUAUACGGGUAUUUUGUGCCUAUAUCGCUGUAUGUGACUAUGGAGCUCGUGAAGCUGGUGCAGGCAGCGACAAUCGCGCUGGAUCUGCAUAUGUAUUACGAGGAGAGGGAUACCCCCGCUACUGCGCGCACCUCUAACCUUAACGAGGAGCUCGGUAUGGUGCACACCGUUUUGUCCGAUAAAACAGGGACAUUAACUCGCAACCAGAUGGAUUUCUUCAAGUGCUCAAUAGCCGGGAUAGCGUACGGCACGGGGGUGACGGAGGUAGAGAAAGCGGCGGCGGAGAGAAUGGGCCAGCCAAUCCCGGACGAGGAUGAGGAGAUGGAGGGGGAGGAGGGGGUAUACACCCCGUUAAAGCCCCUGGAAAAGGGGUACAACAUGAAGGACCCCCGGCUGGACGAUCUGAAAUGGCGGACGCAGCCGACGGCCGAGGAGAUUCGGAGGUUCCUGGAGGUGCUGUCCGUGUGCCAUACUGUUGUCGCAGACAUGGGCGACGCAGCAGAUGCAGCGGGAAGUGCGGGGAAGGAGGGUGGCGCCGGUGGUGGCGGGGCAGGUGGGGGGGUUGGUGCGGGGAGUGAUGCGGGGGUGGGGUGGGAGGCGGGUGCACUGCGGGGCAGCGCGGGGGGGCACAUAGGUGAUGGCGACAGCAGCAGUGACGACGACGACGAAUACGAGGCGGCCAUGUGGCGCGACGACGGCGGCAUGGUCAGCGUGGGCGGCAGCAUGCGCAGCCUGGGCGGCAGCAUGUCGAGCUACCACACGGCCGACGCGCGCAGUGCUCAAGACUCGUUCCCCUCCUUGGGAUCAUCCUCGUCGCAGCCGUCCGCCUCGCAGGCGUCCGCGUCAGCAUUCGAAAGCGCCAGGCAGCAGCAGGCGGAGUGGGCGGAGCAGGGUAGCGACUUACCGCGCGCCCCCUCAGGGGAAGGCUCGGGUGGAGUCUCGGGGGUAGGUUUGGGGGAAGGCGCGGGGGGAGUAGAUCCCGACGCGGUGCGGUACCUGGCGGAAUCCCCCGACGAGGCGGCGUUUGUGGUGGCGGGGAAGCGCAUGGGGAUGGUGUUCGCGGGGCGGCAGGGGCGCGAGGUGCGCGUGCUGGAGUACGCGGAGGGGUGGGCGCUGCAGGACGAGCGGCGCUACACGCUACUCCACACCAUCGAGUUCACCAGCCACAGGAAGCGCAUGAGUGUGGUGGUGCGCUCGCCAGAGGGCAAUCUUGUCCUUUUGUGCAAGGGCGCCGACAACAUCAUCAUGGACCGCCUGGGCGGCAGUGACGAGGCGCAGCAGCACCGGCCAAUCACGGAGCAGCACAUGCGCACGUACGCGGAAGCAGGGCUGCGCACGCUGGCAAUCGCGUGGAAGGAGAUUGGCGAGGAGGAAUAUGCCAGCUGGCAGGUGCGGUGGGAGCGCGCCAAGGGGAAUGUGGCGGACGUGGCGGCGCAGGCGGUUGAGCUGGAGGCGCUAGCGGACGAGAUGGAGAGGGGGCUCACGCUGCUGGGGGCCACGGCCAUUGAAGACAAGCUGCAGGUGCGCGCUUGGAGGGCAUGGGUGGGUGGCAUGUGUGGUGCGCUUGGAGGGCAUGGGUGGGUGGCAUGUGUGGUGCGCUUGGAGGGCAUGGGUGGGUGGCAUGUGUGGUGCGCUUGGUGGCGCAGGCAGUGGAGCUAG